AUGUCGCGCAAUGAAGCGGUGUCGCCGCUGCGCAUCAACAAGACGCCCGCUGGCUCCCCCAUAAAGGGCAGCGGCCGUCCGCUGUCUGAGAUUGGACCCCAUGAGCAUCGCAGGAACUCGCCCAGCUGGAACCAGGCCACGAAGAAGAUACACCUGACCAAGGAGAGCUCUCCUUUCCGGGACUCAUCACCCUUCACCAACAGCCCACGUUUAUUCUGGAAAGAGCAGACGACGUCGCCCAAGAGCCGCUUCGACACGUCAGAGAACGACUUUGAAGUUAGCUCGCCACUUUCGCCCAAGCGCAACUCGAUUGAGAACCUCAAGAAGCAGUCGCGCGUCAAGAACAGCAGCAUGUUCGCACGUGAGCAAAAGCACGAGUACGACCCCACUGCCGUCCAGCCACUGGAACGACCGCUCGCUGCCGGGCGUCCGCUCAACGCCACCAUCCAGGGCAACGCUUAUGGUGGGAAUGGCAUUCAGGGAAUGCGUCAAGAGAACCAGAGCCCCACCAAGGGCCACCGUCACACCCGUUCCGAGAGCCAGACACGGAUUCCAGCUCCCAGCCCGUCCAAGACUUCGCCCGCGAAGCUCCCCACACAGUCGUCGUUCGCUUCUCCAUCCAAGGCCUCACCGUCUGAAGGCCGCAUGUCGCCAACCAAGUCAUCGCUGGUCAGCAAUGGCCGCUUCAACUCACCACAGUACAACCACGACUCCAGCAUGACAUCCGAGGCCGAGGAGCUCCAGCAAAAGACACCUCGCCCACUGCGCCGUCAUGCUAAGAGUGUGACCUUCGACACCGCUCCACCGCAAAUCACAGAGUUUGAGAUGGUCACACCCGAUCCUUCCGUGGCAACUGCGUCGCGUGACGGUAGCUACGAUUCCGAGGAGGAAACCGAGGAGGAAGUGAGCUUCGACCAGGACGACAGCUUCGAUGCUUCGCUGGAAGAUACCGACAAGACACCCGUUGUCUUGCCCGAGGACUGGCGCCACAUGAGCCCCGACGCCGCCAACACAUCGCUCACCGACGCCUACGACGAUGUCUUCGAAGGCCGCGACAACAGCCCCAUGCCGAAUGCGCGUCCCAACGGCACCACCAACCGCUCACGCAUGAGCUCCGCAGCCUCUGAUAGCGAUGCAAGGCCUCUUCCUCCUCUUCCCGGUAUCUCGAGCGGUUCUCGGCGGCGCGACUCUAGCAUCGGCCUGGCCAACACAGCUGAGCGAGUUGUUAGCGAUAGACGGCGGUCUCUCCCUCAGCUUCCCCAGGCUGCGGGCAUCUCCAAGAACGAUCUCCUCAACAUGCGAGAAGUCUCCAUGUCCCUCGAAGACCGCAUGCGCUUGAUGAACUUCGACAACGACCGCGAUACGAGCACACCAACACAGGAGAGGGUUCAAAAGUCUGUCGAAGCGGACGUUACAGACGUUGAUGUCACAGCGUCCGAGCUCCAGAUUGACGAGCCCAAGGUCCCGCGCAUCUCUCGCGAAUCGAUCCUGCGCCGCGUCAAGAGCCGCACCUUUGAAGGCGAAGAAACAGAGACGGAAGAAGAGUACAGUGGCUAUGACCUUGAGUCUAGCCCGGAACGUAGCUAUGGCGAUCUCGCCGACCUGGACCCGGACGUCCCCAUCCCUUCGCGCGAGGCUUCUUCCAACUUCGACGAGCAACCGCGCGCCGUUUCCGGUAUCACCGAGAGCGAAGCUGACAGUGUUUACGAUGCGUACAGCUACGGAGAGAACACCGAAGUUGAAGGCGCGGACACAUCAAAUGUAGACGGCAGCUCCAUGUCUGAGAUGGAGGACUAUGAGCGCGAGUCAUCCGUCAUCCGCCAUCCCAUGCCACCACAAACUGAGGACGAUGAUGACACCAGCCAAUACUCGCCUUCUCCUGAACCUGAGGAGCAGCCAAACUCCACGGGCACUAUCAACUCUUCUGGUCCUUCAACACCCACUGCUGUUCCCUCUUCCCCUGCUGCUGCACCUGAGAAGCAGGCCAAGGAAGACGAGAUGUACUCCACCAUGGAAGGUAAGGAUGUCGAUCUGACGCUUGACCCACUCCAAGCUUCUUUUGCAACCGCUGCGUGUCCAUUGGACACUGCUCCUAAGCUAGAUGCAAUGCGCGAUUUCCUUCGCAGACCCACCACACCUGAGAGCACCAGGGAAGAAGAUGACGACUCCGGGUCGGAGCCUGGUACACCAGACUCUGUCAUUCGGCAUCCUGUUGCCCAGUCUCCACCCCCGCAUGAGAGUUCCCCAGAGGUUCCCCAACGAGAGGCCACCAUCCGGGGAGGCAAGCUGAAGACUCGUCCAUCACUCAUUCCUGAUGAGGUUGACAUGGCAGCAGCACGCCGCCAGAAAGGAUACAUGAUGCGUGAAAACACAAAGGUUGUUGUUGCGAGCAGCCGGCAAUUCAGCGAUGAGAAGCCUCCUGCCGAGUCAGAGGCCUCCAACGAUGCAGCUGCGAGAGCCACCUCUCGUAAGACAAGCGCCGAGCGCAAGCCCGCUUGGACGAAGGAGCCCUGGAUCGGUAAGCCCCGCAGGAAGAGCAUCCGAACAGCAUCUGGUCGCCGGCAACGCAUGUCCGAGGGUCCAGCUCCACCGCUUCCUGGACAGGAAUCAGCGGUUGGUGCCAACCUCGACUCCGUCGCUGAGAAGGGUGACGACGAUGACGAUGUGUUUGAGGAUGGUGAAGAGCGAGGUAGGGUCUUUGUGAAGGUGGUUGGUGUCAAGGAUCUUGAUCUGCCCCUGCCAAAGCACGAACGCUGUCACUUCCAACUGACCCUUGACAACGGCUUGCACUGUGUCACUACGUCUUGGUUGGACCUCAAGCCAUCUGCCCCUAUUGGUCAGGAGUUUGAGCUCGUCGUGCUCGAUGACCUCGAGUUCCAGCUCACUCUCCAGACUAAGCUCGAGCCUCCUGUGGCGCCACAGGUUAUCCCCACACCCUCCAAGAUCAUCAACCACAAGAAGUCGGCCUCUGCCUUCCGCAAUCUCCUCUCAUCGCCAAAGAAGAGGAAGGAGCAAGAGCGCAAGGCGCAAGAGGAGGCUGAUCGUAUCGCCCUUCAAGAGCACCAGCAGGCACAAGCUGCCGCCAAGCGGAAUCACCAGGCGACAGCUUGGGAACUUCUCCACGACCUCGUCGGCCCCGAUGGAUCAUUUGCACGUGCUUAUGUCUGCCUCAGCAAUCACGAGAAUCAAGCUUAUGGACGUCCGUUGACAGUUGACGUCCCAUGCUUCAACGAGUGGGCCGUCGAUAACACUGGCGCUAGCAGUGUGAAGAGCAAGCGUGGAGGUGUUGUUCGUCGUCCACCAUACCGGAUUGGCAAGCUUACUCUUCAGCUCUUGUAUGUCCCCAAGCCAAAGAACGCAAAGAACGAGGACAUGCCCAAGAGUAUGAAUGCCUGCAUUCGGGAGUUGAAGGAAGCCGAGCAAGUCAAGGAUAUCAGCUUCGAGGGUACCUUGAGCCAGCAGGGUGGCGAUUGUCCUUUCUGGCGACGUCGUUUCUUCCGAUUGGAAGGCACAAAGCUCACUGCUUACCACGAGUCGACUCGUCAACCGCGCGCUACGAUCAACCUAACCAAGGCUUCCAAGCUCAUGGACGAUAAGAGUGCUCUACAACAACCCUCUGCUACAAAACAAGGUGGCCGACGGAAGUCUGGCUUUGCUGAAGAUGAGGAGGGUUACAUGUUCGUUGAAGAAGGUUUCCGUAUCCGUUUCGCCAACGGCGAGGUCAUCGAUUUCUACGCCGAUAGCCGCGAACAAAAGGAGGCUUGGAUGAAGGUUCUGUCUGAGACUGUCGGCAAGGACAUUGCUCAGAAUAAGGGCUGGGCCGCCAUGGUGCUGGAGAAGGAGCGCAAAGAGAAGGCCGAGAAGGCUUUGCGGUCGACCAUGCCAUCGUCAAUGGGUACGCCAACCGCCGUUCCGGGCCCCGGCCGACGACCGUCACACACACGAACUCAGUCUCACGAUGCCCUCACAUCGAUGACGAGCCCCAGGGGUCAUGCGCGGACACAAUCACAUGCACCAGCUCCUCCUCUAAAGGACGCUCGCAUGUCACACGCGCCGCCACCACGGCCACGGACGCAGGAGUCGAGCAAGCCAGGACGUAGGGAGCAGGUUCGAUCGAUGAUUUUCUAA